AUGGCCUGGUGGAAAGCUUGGGUUGAGCAAGAAGGUGUCACUGUGAAGGGCAACCCUCACUUCAACCCUGAACCUGAUGCUGAAACGUUGUACACGGCCAUGAAAGGAAUAGGAACCAAUGAGCAGGCCAUCAUUGACGUCCUCACCAAGAGGAGCAGCGCACAGCGGCAACAGAUUGCCAAAGCGUACAAGUCUCGGUAUGGAAAGGAUCUGACUGAGACCUUGAAAUCUGAACUGAGCGGCAAGUUUGAGAGGCUCAUCAUAGCCCUCAUGUACCCACCAUACAAAUAUGAAGCUAAGGAAUUACAUGAUGCCAUGAAGGGUAUAGGAACCAAAGAGGGUGUCAUCAUUGAGGUCUUGGCAUCUCGGACCAAAACCCAACUUAGGGAAAUCAUGAAAGCUUACGAGGAAGAAUAUGGUUCCAACCUGGAAGAAGAUAUUAAAUCAGACACGAGUGGAUACCUGGAGAGAAUCCUGGUCUGCCUUCUGCAAGGCAGUAGAGAUGAUGUCAGCGGUUUUGUGGAUCCAGGACUGGCACUCCAGGAUGCACAGGACCUCUAUGCAGCUGGAGAAAAGAUACAGGGUACCGAUGAGAUGAAAUUUAUCACCAUCCUUUGCACCCGGAGUGCCACACAUUUGAUGAGAGUGUUUGACGAGUACCAAAAAAUCGCCAACAAGAGCAUCGAAGACAGCAUUAAGAGUGAGACCCAUGGUUCCCUGGAGGAGGCAAUGCUCACUAUUGUGAAGUGCACCCGGAACAUUCACAGUUACUUUGCAGAGAGACUGUACUAUUCCAUGAAGGGAUUAGGAACUCGAGAUGGCACCCUGAUCCGAAAUAUUGUUUCAAGGAGUGAAAUCGACUUAAACCUCAUCAAGAACGAGUUUAAGAAGCUGUAUGGGAAGUCUCUUUCUAGCAUGAUCAUGGGAGACACCAGUGGAGACUACAAGACGGCUCUGCUGAAUCUGGUCGGGAGUGACUCCUGAAGUUUUCAGAGAUGGAAGAGAAAUGUCAGAGAUGAAAAUUAGGAUGGAAAUCCACACGUUACAGGACACCAUAGUUGCCAUUACUGGGGAAUCA